AUGUUCUCCCUUCAGGCCAUCCGGUCCAGUCUCCCGCGACGAUGUCUCGCCGCAAAUUCCGUGCGGACGUACGCUAGCCAGACCCCCGGUAAUCCCAUGAUAGAGGUAUUCAACCGCAAAACAAAGCACCUGCAAAAGGACCGAGCCGCUCGGAAUGUCGAGGAAAGCCGCAAAGUCGAUUACCUGAAAGAUGAGGUAGCAAGGCGGUUAUGCGAACGGUUGCUGGACAUUAAACGUGAUUUCCCCCAUGUGCUUGAUCUCGGCGCAAAUAGCUGCAACAUCGCGAAAGCAUUGACGACACCGGACCUCGAUAUGGGUGCGCCGGAGGGCGUAUCGACACCGCCGCUGACGCAGAAAAUCCCCAAUCUUACCUGCGUGGAGACAUCGCGGGCUUUGCUACACCGGGACGAGGACAUGCCUUUCAAUAAAGAACUCAAUAUCACCCGCGACGUGAUCCCGGACCUGGAGACACUGCCGUAUCAGCCCAAUACAUUUGAUGCUGUUCUUUCUUCGCUGUCGAUGCACUGGAUCAAUGAUUUGCCGGCCUUGCUGAAUCAAGUCAACACGAUCCUCAAGCCGGAUUGCCCUUUCAUUGGAGCUAUGUUCGGUGGGGAUACUCUGUUCGAGCUCCGGGGGUCGAUGCAGCUGGCUGAUCUGGAGCGACGCGGUGGAGUUAGUCCGCAUGUGUCGCCACUGGCGGAUGUUAAGGACGUGGGAAGUCUGCUCAAUCGUGCUGGGUUCAAGAUGCUCACAGUAGAUGUGGAGGAUAUCGUGGUUGAGUUCCCGGAUACAUUUGCUCUUAUGCAGGAUCUACAGGCUAUGGGUGAAAACAAUGCUAUCAUGCAUCGGGAGGCUGGCCCCAUAUCCCGGGAUGUUUUGUUGGCCAACGAGGCCAUCUACCGUACUCUGCAUAUGGAGGAUGAUGCGCCCGGUAUUCCUGCGACAUUCCGAAUGAUCUACAUGAUUGGCUGGAAGGAGGGCAAGGACCAGCCGCAGCCAUUGCAACGCGGUAGUGGUGAUGUCAACCUGAAGGAUAUCUUGGGUGGAGGCGACUUUGAACGGCCUUGA